CAGUCACUUAAGGACUGGUUAAGAAUGGCUCUCCAAAGUUGAUCACGUAGAAACUGACUGAGAAAAAGUACCAACAGAAAGUGCCGGAAGUGCCUGAGAAGGGGGAAAAACUUGAAAGCGGCUACAAUGUAAGUCACCGCAGCGGGACAAUAAACGUUACACUUUUUUUAAAAAGAAGAAAUCGCAAGUUUCAAACAACUCCGUGCUUCUCUGGGACAGCUCAAGGAGCCGCUUCUCGGGAAAUCGGGAUUUCAGACUUUUUUUUUCGUCACCCGCUAAAGUUUGCUUUCCCAUAUGUACAAUGGGUCUGCCAACACUGGAGUUCAGCGAUUCUUUUCUGGACAGUCCUGACUUUAGGGAUCGUCUGAAAUGUCACGAAAUUGAGUUGGAACGAACUAACAAAUUUAUUAAAGAACUUAUCAAAGAUGGAAAUAUGCUCAUCAGCGCGUUAAAAAAUCUGUCUAUGGCAGUACAAAAGUUCUCCCAGUCACUUCAGGAUUUCCAGUUUGAGUGUAUUGGUGAUGCAGAAACAGAUGAUGAAAUUAACAUUGCUCAGUCUUUCAAAGAAUUCGCUCAACUGCUGAACACAGUAGAAGAAGAAAGAAGAAGAUUGAUCCAAAAUGCAGAUGAUGUCCUUAUUGGGCCAUUGGAGAAGUUUCGCAAAGAACAAAUUGGUGCUGCUAAAGAAGGAAAGAAGAAAUUUGACAAAGAAAGUGAGAAGUACUGUGCCAUAUUAGAAAAACACCUGAAUUUAUCAUCUAAGAAAAAGGAAACUUUGUUACAAGAGGCUGAUGUCCAGAUAGAUAAAGAGAAACAAAACUUUUGUGAUGCUUCUCUCGAAUACGUCUUCAAAGUUCAGGAAGUUCAAGAGAAGAAGAAAUUUGAGUUUGUUGAACCGCUUCUGGCGUUUCUCCAAGGCCUCUUUAAUUUCUACCAUGAGGGCUAUGAGCUGGCCAAGGAGUUUCAACCAUACAAGGAGCAGCUCCAGUUCAAUCUGCAGAAUACCAGGAAUAAUUUUGAGAGCACUCGGCAGGAAGUGGAAAAGUUAAUGCAGAGGAUGAAGACAGCAGACCAAGAUUAUAAGCCACCUGGUCAGUGGACAAUGGAAGGCUACCUUUAUGUCCAGGAAAAGAGGCCCUUGGGAUUCACAUGGGUUAGGCAUUAUUGUACAUAUGACAAGGGGACCAAAACAUUUACAAUGAGUGGAUUUGAAACAAAGUCAGGUGGAAAAAUGAAUGGCCUCAUUAUGAGUCCACCGGAGAUGUUCAAAUUGAAGUCAUGCAUCAGAAGGAAGACGGACUCAAUUGAUAAACGAUUCUGCUUUGAUAUUGAAGUAGUGGAAAGACAUGGGAUCAUAACCUUGCAAGCCCUAUCAGAAUCAAAUAGAAAGCUGUGGCUUGAAGCUAUGGAUGGAAAGGAGCCGAUAUAUACUCUACCGGCCAUUCUUAGCAAAAAAGAAGAAAUGUUUCUGAAUGAACAAGGCUUUAACUUUGUGAAGAAAUGCAUCCAUUUGGUGGAGACCCGAGGAAUCAACACAUUGGGUCUCUACAGAAUAGGAGGUGUCAACUCGAAAGUACAGAAGUUAAUGAAUGUAGUUUUUGCACCCAAAUCACCUCCUGACAUGGAUCUUGAAGCUGACAUGUGGGAUAAUAAGACAAUCACCAGCGGCCUGAAAAACUACCUCAGAUGCCUCUCAGAGCCCCUGAUGACUUACAAGCUUCACAAAGAUUUCAUACUUGCUGUCAAGUCAGAUGACCAGAAUUACAGAGUGCGGGCUGUACAUGCACUUGUGUACAGACUGCCUGAGAAGAACCAAGAGAUGCUGGACAUUCUAAUAAAACAUUUAGCCAUGGUAUCAACACACAGCCAGCAAAACCUGAUGACUGUUUCCAACCUUGGAGUGAUCUUUGGGCCAACUUUAAUGCGAUCCCAGGAAGAAACUGUGGCAGCUAUGAUGAACAUUAAGUUUCAGAAUAUUGUUGUGGAAAUACUAAUUGAAAACUAUGAAAAGAUCUUCCAUCAAGCACCAGACCCCAAUGUACCACUUCCACAACCCCAGUCACGAACUAGCUCCAGAAAAAGUCGUGCAAUUUGUCUUUCCACUGGCACCAGAAAGCCCAGAGGCCUUUAUAAACCCACACUUUGUCUAGCCGAUCCUGACAGUGACACGUUCAGCAGCAGUCCAGGAAGUACUCCUAUGGGAAGCAUUGAGUCUCUAUCCUCACAUUCAUCAGAGCAAAAUAGCUCAUCAAAAACUAUCUCAUCCCAGCCAAAGGAAAAGGUAGUAAGUGGCAUACCGUGGAUCACUUCGCAGAUUUCUGCCAAUGGACAAAAGAGCUCUGCAUGUACCACAAGCCCAGAUUCCAGCUCCAAGGAGGACACCGCUAAGACUGAUGGAGAUUCUGAUACACAAAGCCUGUCAUCAGUCACCACUGCUGGAAAAAGAUCACCUAAUUUGGAAAUUCCCAAAAAGACUCCAUACUCACUGAAACGAUCUGGAGCACCUUCACUGAAAUCUCUAAAUUUGGCAGAUGAAAACAGAAGUUGCAGUGGAUCUGUUCAGAGUCUUGCCUCUCUGGAACUGAAGGAUACACCGAAGAUGCCGCUGAAUCCGGAGCUGCCACCUAAACUUGCCAUAAGACGCAGGCUUGAAGCACCAUCAAGUAACGGCUAUCAGAGGCCAGGAUCCGUUGUUGCAGCUAGAGCAAUGAUGUUUGAAAAUGCCAGUGUCACAAAACAAGGCUCUAAUGGAAGACAAGCAAGAGCAAUGUAUUCCUGUAAAGCAGAGCACAGCCAUGAACUGAGCUUCCCCCAGGGGGCAGUGUUUUCUAAUGUGUACCCCUCAGUAGAGCCUGGCUGGCUACAAGCAACAUAUGAAGGCAAAACUGGGCUUAUUCCAGAAAACUAUGUGAUCUACCUCUAAAUUAUGAGGGACUGGCACAAUUUCUUCAUGGUAUCCAUGGUUACAAAAAAACUGUACAGCCGUUAUGUGGGAUUAUCUUUCCAUUGUAGGUGCUUGUGCCUGUAGCAUAUGUACAUUGUAGACGAGAAAUUAUAAUUGAAGCUUCACGUGAAACAAAGAAUUCUCUACUGUAGAUUGUACAUAGAAAGUAAGAGGUCCUUCCUCAGAGAAGUCCCGUUAUGAAUACCAAGCCAAAUCUGAAUUCAGUAAGGUGCUAACUAUGCCACUUCUGCUUCAUGGUUUUGCUGUGCCCAAAUCAUUGCAAAAACAUUAAAUAUACAAUCACUAAGACUAGUAUUAAACUGAGUGGCCUAGUCACAUUUUUUUAUCCUGUCAAAACUUUUAGACAUUCUUUAUAGACUUGAGGAUGCUGAAUCCAAAUCUGGUAACAAAAUUGCUUUAUCACAUCCUGUGUUUGAGAAAUUAAAGGUUUAAAAUGAAAGAACACUAUUUUAGGGAAAAACAAUAUUUUUAAAAACAAUUCUUUAGGCUUUAUAAAGUAUAAAUUCUACAUAGAAUUGUUUUUAUUAUAAUUGUUACUUACAAAGAGUAGUCAGUUGGUAGUUUUUCCCUCAUAUAAUCUUCUGGAGGUGUUCAUGGUGGAAUGACCAACAGACGUCUGCUAACAUACAGUAGACUUGCUCCACUUUCCACUAUAACAUCUCUUCACUUGAAUGAUGUCCAGUUUGAACCUCUUCCCAUGUUCAUCAGAGACCAUUCUGUUUGGGGGGGAGGGGGGUAUCCCAAUUAAACUGUAGGAAAUACAUCUUUAAAGAUAUCCUGCACCCGAGUGCUGGGUAGGUAGGAAGAGAGAAGCUCCUCACAAGUCCUUUAUGGUUUUCCACAUUCGUAUUUCCAAGAAAAUCAUGGCACGUGCUUUUUUUUUUUUUUCCAAAAGGAAAGCUGUGUGUACUUUUACAGUUUAAUUAUCUUGUCACGACAGUCGCUGGAUCAACUUGAUAUUACUGCAAAAAAACAUUUACACAAUUUUCUCUCUCUUUUGGACAAUUAAAAGGCAUCUAUCUAACUUUCUAAAUAUUCAUUCCUGGCUAUCUUGAAGGUAUAAGAAGAGGAUAAAAAUAUUGAUUGAGAACAAAAAAUGUGCAGGAAAUGUUUGAUUUUGGGUUGUUUCUACCUCAACUAACGUUAAAGAAUGAGGGAGACAUUUUUUAAAAAUGAACUGGUUUUUUUUCAAAGACAUUGUUUCUCACUUAAUCCAAUAUCCAAUAUAUGGAAGAGAAACACAAAUUUCAAAAAUUGAUUCGGCACUAUCUAUCUAAUCUAUAAAGUACAUCGAUUUUUUUGGGUGGCUUUUGGUGCAGACCAGUGUGUCCAGUUCUCAGUUGUUUGGGGACUGAUGAUAUCUUUAUCCUGAGGUUCUUGUUUCCAUUUCCACUUUAAAGUGGUAAAGUUUCGUGGCAGCCUUCAGUCGACAAAACACCUGCCUAGAAUUGAAUUGCUUCCUUGGGACAGAUAAAUAAACAGAUAAAUUCUAUUUGUCCUGAUUUCAUUAUGAUGUACAGUAGCUAGUUGCCUCAAAAAGUGAAUGAAAUGUAUAAACAAUGUGUUCUUUUUAUUUAGAAAUUAUAAAGUUUUUGCUGCUUAUAUUUAUUGUUAUUAUAUUUUAAAACAUGAAUCAGAAAUGGCAGUUACGGUACAUAAAAGUGUUCAAUUAAAAGUCAGAUAAAAAUUGUAAUGCGACGUUAAUUAUCAGUAUUUAUAAAGCAAAUUUAUGUCUGCUUUGCCUCCGAAAAGUGGUUGUGAGUGCAAUUUUUAAUACUCCAGUGGUACGCUGUAUUUUGAAUGUUAUUUUCUGCAGAUGUGCAACAGUGCCUUACUAAUAAUAACAAGAUUAAAAUAAUAAGCAAACUGUGGAUUUACAUUCCAAAGAGUUUAUCAAUAACAGAAUAAAACAUCCUUUUAUAAUUGUUUUUAUUAUUUUAUUGUCAAUGUUCCGACUGCACUUCAAUUUUUGUGUUAUUUUUUUUUUUUUCGGGGAGCCCAGUUUCUAGCUGGCAAUGAGCCAAAGGUGUUCCACAAAACUGCUAAUUCCAAGUUUUUUUGUCAUUACAGAUUAUCUAUCAUUACAAAUCUACUUUAUUGCUGAUAAAAAAUAACUUCUUUAAAAAAUGUUGGAUGUUUUCCAAACAAUAAUAAAAAAAAGGUCGUGGAAUGCUUUGCAGUGAAAUGAAAUACUGUACAAGGCUGUCUGUGCCUUGAAGUAACCGAAUUGAUGCUUGAGACUGCCAACUUUAAUAUAAUGUGUAAAAAUAUUAAUAUUUGAGAAAGAUGGCACUUUUUAUUUAUCUAAUCCCACGUCAAUUUACAUUCAUGGUACACUGGUGUACUAUAAUUAUUUGUUUGUAAUUACGUUAGAUCUUAGACUAUCAAUGUUAAGAUAUACUUUGAAAAAGUGAAGUGUUGUAUUUAACUUCUUUAUUGUAAUACCACUGUAUUUUAAGCACUUGCUGUUUUUUAAACAAAAUGUAAAAUAUGUUAAAAUGUAAUGGCAGUGUCUUAGUAAUAAAAGAUUUUU